AGACGAGGGGCGAAAGACGAGAGAGUCUGAGGCAGAGAAGGCGAGCGCUCGAUUCGAUCGCAGGGCUUCCAAGUUGGGGCACCACGGCUAGCCUUGCAGCCGGCCGGCGGGCAACCGACCGCCACCACCCACAAGUGGAGCACCGCCGGGAUGGCGGCGAGGCCCUCCGCCUCCUCCUAGAGAAGCGCAGCCCCGCCGCGCACGGCGGCCGCGGCGCCCUCCCCUCCGCCGGUGGCCUCCCAUCCGACCUCCUCUUCCUCGCUGGUGGCGGCGCUCUAUCUGCCCCCCUCUGCUUUCCCUUCUCUUAGUUGACCUAUUCCUUCCUCAUCUACGUAUCGAUAGAGCUAUAUAAACAUGCUGACGAUCAAGAGGGUCCCCACCGUGCUCUCCAACUACCAGGAGGACGCCAGCGAGUCCCGCGGCUGCGGCCGGAAUUGCCUCGGCAAGUGCUGCUUGCCCGCAGUCUCAAAACUUCCCCUCUAUGCCUUCAAAAGCGAUUCAAAGCGGCCCAUUUCUCCCUCUGGCGCCACCGAUGACCCACCGGCCGACUUUUUCCUCAACUCCCUUUUGCUUGGACAGUGGGAAGAUCGGCUGAACCGGGGUUUGUUCCGGUAUGAUGUGACGGCCUGCGAAACCAAGGUGAUCCCUGGGGAGCAAGGGUUCAUUGCCCAGCUGAACGAGGGCCGCCACCUCAAGAAACGGCCCACCGAGUUCCGGGUUGACCGCGUCCUCCAGCCAUUUGAUCCUGCCAAGUUUAACUUCACCAAGGUUGGCCAGGAGGAGGUGCUGUUCCGCUUCGAGGAUGGGGGAGGCCACACGUCUCUCUUCUUUGACAGUGCCUCUGUCGAUGAAGCCAACCCUCCUAGUGUCGUAGCAAUCAAUGUGAGUCCCAUUGAGUAUGGUCAUGUGCUGCUGAUUCCUCGUGUGCUCGACUGCUUGCCUCAGAGGAUCGACGCCGAGAGCUUCUUGCUUGCCCUCCAUAUGGCAGCUGAAGCAGGGAACCCUUGCUUCAGGCUGGGAUACAACAGUUUGGGUGCCUUUGCCACUAUUAAUCACCUACAUUUCCAGGCUUAUUACUUGUCGGUGCCCUUCCCAGUGGAGAAGGCUCCAACAAGAGAGAUACCAAUAGCCAAGGGCCUGGCUGAUAGUGGUGUGAAAAUCUCACUAUUGAUGAAUUAUCCUGUGAGAGGCCUGGUUUAUGAGGGUGGGAACACCUUGAAGGACCUAGCUGAUGUGGUGGCCAAUUCCUGCAUUUGGCUUCAAGAAAAUAACAUACCAUUUAAUGUGCUUAUUUCUGACUCAGGCAGGAGGAUCUUCCUUUUUCCACAGUGCUAUGCUGAAAAACAGGCUCUUGGUGAAGUGCCCCAGGAGCUUUUGGAUACUCAAGUGAACCCUGCUGUAUGGGAGAUCAGCGGGCACAUGGUGCUGAAGCGGAGGAAAGAUUAUGAAGAGGCGACAGAGGACUAUGCUUGGAGGCUGUUGGCUGAGGUCUCCCUCUCUGAAGAAAGGUUUCAAGAAGUGAAAGCUUAUAUCUUUGAAGCCACAGGUCUGGUAGAGGCUGAAGUGGAAGAUACAGAUGCGAAUGAGAAUAAAGGAACAUAUCAGCCUACUACAGCAUCCACUACUCAUUUCCCAGAAGGCUGUCUGGUUCUACAGUGAAGGAUGAGUCUUCAUCUAUUAUUGCUGUUUGUUUUUAUUUGCUUGCUUGCUUCUGUACCAAAUAAGGGCUGUCAUGACACUGUUUUGUGCAGCAACAUUGCUUGGGGACUUGUUUUUUUUUCGGUGUGUGAUCUUUAUUGUUGGCUAAUGUAUCAAAUUUAAGACCGUCAAACAGAUGCUAAAUCUAUUAUUUAUUUUCAACUCA